GACAACUAGCAUGAAGAAGGAAGAGGAGGGAGCUAAAGUGAUUGAGGGAGGAUUACUCAAACGGAAAAAAAACUGACUUUGCCGAAAGUAUUUGUCUUUAGCUGACCUUCCACUGCUGGCAAUGAUGUGCUUUGGGAAAGCCCUACCCACUCAAUAACCAGAAGCAUCACGGGCACAAAACUAAAAGCAGACGCUUGUUGCAUUUCUCGCAAUGGGAAGCCUGACAACAGCAGCUAUGGUAAGCAGAGCAGUUUUGAGCCGAGGCAUCACUGCUCACCACCUCAGUAAGAAUGUCACUUUUUAUGUGAAUGAAUUAGAAUCUCCAGUGUCUGGAUGUCAGAACAAAGCCUCUGAAGACCAUAAACCUCUUAUGCUCAUGCUGCCGUGGAUGGGCGCACGUCCGCAGGCUAUGGCCAAAUAUUGUGAAAUCUACUUCCGUACCGGCUUUGAUGUGCUUGUUGUGGAGAGUGAGGUGCAUGAGUUCCUGUGGCCUCGCUGGGGUCUGGAUCAUGGGAAGAGGUUGCUAGAGUUGCUCCAGACCGAACGCUUUAUGUCCCGCCCACUGGUUGUCCAUGCCUUCUCUAUCGGUGGCUACACAUUUGCUCAGCUGCUGAUACAUGUCUCCCAGGACAUCCAGAAAUAUCAGGACCUUACACAGAGGAUAAAAGGCCAAGUCUACGAUAGUCUGGUGGUGGGCUCAGUGGAGAGGAUGGCCAUAGGUCUUGGUAAGACUUUAUUUCCACGUUUGGAGACACUGGUAACAAAAGCAAGCAUGUUAUACUUUGGCAUGUUCAAAAGACAGACAGUGGACUACUUUAACAAAAGCAUUGAUACGUUUUGGGAAACCCCUAUCACCGUUCCUGCACUGUUCUUCUUUUGCGAGAACGAUCCAAUGAGCGACCCACGAGCCAUGGAGGAGAUAAUUGAUCGCUGGAGAAAGCGUGGGAUAGACACCACAGCAAAGAAGUGGAAGGAAUCAACACAUGCCGGUCACCUGAAGAGGCACCAACAAGAAUAUCUGACCACCAUAGACAUGUACCUACAUACACUUGGCUUUACCAAGCUAAAGGCCAAGAUGUAAGAUCAUUUCUUUACAACACAUUGCCAUUUUAGAACGUAUAUUACGACGCCUUGACUAGAGUGCCCAGAUCCUAAAUUCCUAAAGAGAUGUGUUAAAGAUGUUGUUCAUUAGUUUUUUCCAAUUCAAAGCUCUUUUUAAAACGAAAAUCAUUACAACCAAAGUCAGUGCAAUUAUGUUAACCGAGAAAUCUGAUUUGUUUCAGGCAUCAACUAAAUGUUAUUUACAAAGACAAAAAGUCCACUUCAGCAGUCAACUUCAUUUCACUUGAGCUUCACUUUAUAUUUAAAUGCACUCUGCUUGGUAUGCUGAAGUGAUUAUUCAAAUGUUCCAGCUGUGAAAAACAGUUAUGAGUUUACAACAUUCAUGAAGGAUUGCACAAUAACCACUUUGGUGGGAGUGUGUUCCAGGGGAAACUCUGUUACACCUCCUUCUUUCUCUGUCAACGGAAAUUGCUCUUUGUAGCAUGAAAGAAAAGAGUAUUGGUUGUAAUGCUAUAAUCUCAGGAAGUAAACUACCUAAUUGCUGCUUUGGUUGCAUUUGAAAGUUUCUCACACUGGCUCUGUGACAGUGAACAAAGGGAAUUGAAACCUGUUAUGCAACUUUGGGAAUGUUAACACUAUGACGCAUCUAGAAUAAUGACUUAUGAGCUUCAGUGGUAAACCUGCAUCAAUGGCGGUGCCAGACAAUCUACCGAAGCAGCAAGUAAUAAUUUCGACCUAUUUAACGUUUGAUAAAUAAAUAAAAGGCCAAUGGAAGUUUUUGAACAUAGAAGGAGCAUUUUAAACAUAUUGCAAAAUGUCAGUUUUAUUUCAGUUAAUAUAAUAUAUUGAUUUUCUUUGUGUAUAUCUUGUUACCUUUUUAUUUUAUGAACAAUGUUGCUACCUGUGUAGAUUUCAGAAAGCUGAUAUAACCAUACACAUGAACACCAUAAUACAUAGAGGUUAUGACAUAAGUUACAUAACCCAUAAUGAGCUUCUGUGGUAAACCUGUAUAAAUGGCGGCCAUUGAAGGUCGAUGUUGGAAGAAGUGCCUCUAAUGUUGUAAAGCUUUGUGUCUCAGAACUUGAACAUUUUAUAUAUUUCUGUGUGCAAUAAAAUUACAAGAAUGUAA